AUGAGAAAUAUAAAGCACAAACUUCUGGUUAUGUCAGGGAAAGGUGGAGUUGGCAAAAGUACUGUUGCUCUUCAAAUAGCUCUUGGAUUGAAGCAACUCAAUUUCAAGGUUGGGCUUCUUGAUAUUGACUUGUGCGGUCCCAGUAUUCCUACAAUGUUGCAAAUUGAAGAUAAACAUGUCUACCAAUGUCAGGAAGGUUGGAUGCCAGUGUAUCCGGAUGAGGAUGAUCAGCGGUUUGCUGUUAUGUCUGUUGGCUUUUUCUUAAAAAGUCGGAAUGACCCUGUAAUCUGGCGCGGCCCAAAAAAAACUGCAAUGAUCAAGCAACUCUUGAAUGAUGUUCGUUGGGGUGAUUUAGAUUAUCUUAUUAUUGACACGCCCCCCGGCACUUCUGAUGAACAUUUGGCUAUUGUUCAGUCACUCAAAGAUUUUGGACCUUGUGAAGCAGUGCUUGUUACUUCACCACAAAUUAUUUCGGUCGGAGAAGUUAGAAGAGAAAUAACAUUUUGCAAAAAAACUCAAGUUGAAAUAAUUGGAAUAAUUGAAAACAUGAGCGGGUACACUUGUCCGCAUUGUUCAGAAUGCACCAACUUGUUCUCAAAAGAAGGAGGCGAAAGACUGGCCAAUUACUUUAACAUUCUAUUUUUGGUAUUUUACAAAUUUUAUAAAUUCACAUGA